AUGGUGUCCACGCGCUCCACUCCCAAAGGCGACUUCCCCGCCUCCGAACCCUCGCCCAUGAAGAAAGCACCGCGCUCGCGCACUUCAACACCAGACCCAAGCGCCAUGUCGUCGCCAUCUGCCCAAUCGCUCGCGAAGCGCGCAGCCAAAAACGUCGCUGCCGAAGUCGCGCCCCCGGCGCCAGAGGAAUACGGCGAGGACGGUUGGUGCCAUACAGCCUCCAACAUCACCCUCGGCUGGCUCGCAGUUUCCUGGCCACUGGUGUUGUGGGACUCGUUGUACAUCUUGCUGCGCCCACACACGAUGGCAGGCGGUGCGCUACAGUGGCCUUUGUGGAAGCCAUACGAGAUAUACGCUUCGAUUGACCAUGUAUACGGGUGGCCCGGGUGGGAGCGAGGCGAUGGCUUCGGAGGCGCGCAGGGCGUCCUGAAUGCCAUUGAGCUUGUCUUGUAUGCGAUUUACGCCAUGACGGUUUACAAACACAGUGUUCCUACGUUGGGGGGUGCGGCGGGCGUGCAGGUCGAGGGGAAGGGCAAGUUUCUCGGUGGAGGCAGGAAGGUGCGGGGCAAGAAUGGAAAUCGCGCUGCGUUGAUCGGGUUUGCGGCGGCGGUGAUGACGUUGAGUAAGACGGUGCUUUAUUAUUUCAACGAGUACUACUCUGGUUUCGCGAAUAUCAAGCACAACGACUUUCUUACCAUUCUCUGGUUCUACGGCGUUAUGAACGGUCUCUGGGUUGCUUUCCCAAUGUACAUGACCAUCGUCUUCGGUUCCGAUAUUAUCCAGGGUCUCGACAUGGCCGCUGGACUCUCCUCGUCUAAGAAGCACGAUUAGUUCUCGAGUCUCGUGCUUCGUACUUUUCUAUCAGCCAAGUGACGCGUCAUGGAGAGGAAUGUCUUUUGUCGUAGAAUGCUCGCUCACAUAUUUUGGUGUUCAACAAUGUUAUAUCUCCUCGCCCUUGCCCUGUCUAUUCGCGCCCAGAGAUCCUGCUCCUGAAACCACUUGUUGUUUGUAAAGUGCAGCCAUUUCGAUUUUACUUCUUCGUCGG